AUGGCAGACAAAGUAUACAGCCUCGAGGAGGUGGGCAAGCAUACCUCGAAGACCGACAUCUGGAUCGUUGUGUGGAAUCACGUUUACGAUGUGACCGAUUACCAGGAAGACCAUCCCGGGGGGAAGGAGUACCUACUCGAGAAUGCAGGCACAGACGCAACAACCGCAUACGAAGACAUCGGCCACUCGACUGACGCAAGAGAAAUAUUGGAGAAUUUUCGCAUCGGAAUGGUCACGGAUGACGACUGGGUGGACCAUGAAACGAAGAAGAUGCCGGAAAUUAAACCUCGAAAUGUCCAUGUCGUCAACAACCUACCUCCACCGAAGUCACAUGACUUGCACUUGCCUGUAGUAGCGGGCGGUCUUGGAUCCCUCAUUGCGGCCAUCCUCCUCGGCCGCCAAUACUCUUCCGUCUUGCACCGCUUCCAGACGAGUGGGUUUUGGAAGGGGUUCGCAUUGUCUACGCUUGCCAGUCUGGCUUUGGCGGCGUACACCAGUCUGUGGGCCGCGAAGAACCUCAACGUGGCACACAGGGACUUCCAGUCGUAUCCAGCGUAUAUCAAAGCCAAAUCUACAUCCGCUAAAGUUUCUAAGAAGAAGGACAUCAACCUUGGGGUUCUCAAUGCUCGCGAAUAUCAGGAGUUCCCGUUGAAGGAAAAGUUCAACAUUUCUCACGACACCAUCCGCUUCGUAUUCAGUCUUCCAAAUGCAAACUCUGUAUUGGGGCUGCCGACAGGGCAGCACAUUGCGAUCAGACAUGAGGUUGAUGGGAAGCAAAUCGCUCGGUCAUACACGCCUACUUCUAGCAACAAGGACACGGGCCGCUUGGAGCUGACCAUCAAGAUCUAUGAGGGAGGCAAGCUGACACCAUACCUGAGCAGUCUCAAUAUCGGGGACAAGGUUGAGAUCAGAGGGCCGAAGGGGGAGAUGAAGUAUCAUAAGAAUUUGGUAAAAGAGCUUGGCAUGAUCGCAGGCGGAACCGGUAUUACGCCUAUGUUCCAAAUCAUUCGUCGCAUCUGCGAAGACCCACGAGACGAUACCAAGACUACGCUUCUCUACGCUAAUAAGACCGAGGGUGACAUUUUAUUGAAGGAAGAACUGGACAAGUUUGCUGAUAAGUACGAUCAGUUCAAGGUAUACUAUGUGCUCAGCAGUCCUGCUGAAGGCUGGCAAGGGGGAAAAGGACGCGUCAACAGGGAGCUGAUUGAAGAGUUCCUGCCGGCGCCCGCAGGUAUGGACUCAAAGGUGCUCGUCUGUGGACCUGAUCUCAUGAUGGAAAGCAUGGUAAAGAUGUUGCAAGAAAGAGGUUUCAAACCACCAGGCAAGAUCUCCAAACCGCAGGAUGAGAUCUUUACCUUCCAGUGA